CCAUCCUGACCUAGGACAGUGAGAGGGAGGCCCGGCGAAACGCCGGUCAUGUUACAGGCCGAGCUGGCAACAAAUAUGAUGAACUUCCUUCCUUAUACCGUGACUAAUAAUCACUUAUUAACUCACCAGGAUGGCAGUUCGCCGUCGUCCUCCCCAUUAAAUAUGCAGGCUCGAUGAGAGAAAUGAAUCACACGUACGUACGCACGGUGGACUCUUGGCGCGAUCUGAUUCUGAUCUGAUGGGGUCACCGUACAUGCUGAAGAAACUGCUGCGUAUGCAGGAUUGCUUACCCUAUUGCAGGUCGGACAAUCCAUGCGGCGUGGUCGGCGCAUGCCCGUACAUUUCAGCAGCAGCCGCCGGCGCCGGCGCCCUCGCCGCCCACCCUCUCCCGUUCGGCCACAUGGCCUGUCCCGCCGCCUGCCACUCGGAGAGAACAUGCGCGGGCACUAAUUGGUGGCCACGGCGACGCCGGAUCCUCCACGGGAAGUGGCUGAAGCACAUCUUGUGCUCCGCCGGCGGUCGCAGCAAGGCCGAGCGCCGACGACAUGUCUGCAGCACUUCGCCGGACGCACACAGAGGAUGCUACUUCAGCCCCUCCCCGUCGACGGGGUGGGCAUCGGCGCAUGGCGGCGGCGGCGGCGGCAGCUGGUACGCCUCCGGCUCCGGCGUGGGCAGAAUGGUGCAGGUGCCGGCCAUCGAUGCUGCCCCCGUUUGUAUCGCCGCAGGCGGCAUAUCUUUUGAUGGGAUGAUCUGCGUCAGCAAAACCAACUUCACCAGCAUGGUUGUGAUGUCCGGUUUCGGUGUCCUCUUCCUGGCUUAUCUGGUGUUCAAUUUGUUCCUCAGUUUGAAUUAACUACACCUACGGUUAUUGGUAAAUCAGAGGGCUCUGAGAUGCCGAAUUAAAUGUUAGCACCAGAUCCACGAAAUUUCAGUAAUGUCACCUAUAAGAGCAUCAAGAUUAAUAAAGAAGUACUGCUCCACACUAUAUUUUCGUUGAUCCAUAUAUGUGUCU